AUGGCAUCAAAGCUAAGCGAUCAAGACGAUAGCCGUGAGCGACAGGGCAGCUGCGAUCCAUCAUUGGUCUUAAACGGUGAGCUGCUUCGGUCUAGCUGGAAUUGGCCAUCAUGGAACAGGUUGCGAGUCUUUUUCUAUGGCUUCCAGUAG